UGCCAGAACCCGAACUGUUUGAUGUACUAACAGCAAAUGCCAGGUCCCCUGUCACUAAGGACAAUAGAACAGAAAGUGUAUAGAAGUAAAGACUGAGGAAUUACAAUGGUUGACACAGAAAUGCCAUUUUGGCCGAUUAAUUUUGGAAUUAACUCAGUGGAUCUCUCUGCAAUGGAUGAUCACUCCCAUUCCUUCGAUAUAAAGCCAUUUACAACCGUUGAUUUUUCUAGCAUUUCUUCACCACAUUAUGAAGAUAUUCCUCUUGCAAGAACUGACCAGACAGUCCUUGAUUACAAAUAUGACAUCAAGCUUCAGGAGUGUCAAAGUACAAUCAAAAUGGAGCCUCCUUCUCCACCUUAUUUUUCAGAAAAAGUCCAGUUGUACAAUAAACCUCAUGAAGAAUCUUCUAAUUCCCUUAUGAUUAUAGAAUGCAGAGUGUGUGGAGACAAGGCUUCUGGGUUUCAUUAUGGUGUACAUGCAUGUGAAGGCUGUAAGGGUUUCUUUCGAAGAACAAUCAGAUUAAAGCUGAUUUAUGACAGAUGUGAUCUUAAUUGCCGCAUUCAUAAGAAGAGCAGAAAUAAAUGUCAGUACUGCAGAUUCCAGAAGUGCCUUGCAGUUGGCAUGUCACAUAAUGCUAUCAGGUUUGGGCGAAUGCCACAAGCUGAGAAGGAGAAGCUCUUGGCGGAGAUUUCCAGUGACAUCGACCAGCUAAACCCUGAAUCUGCUGACCUGCGAGCCCUCGCCAAGCAUUUGUAUGACUCAUACAUAAAGUCCUUCCCUCUGACCAAAGCCAAGGCGAGGGCAAUCUUGACAGGAAAGACGACAGACAAAUCACCAUUUGUUAUUUAUGACAUGAAUUCUUUAAUGAUGGGAGAAGACCAGAUCAAAUGCAAACAUGUGUCACCCCUUCAAGAACAGAACAAAGAAGUAGCAAUUCGCAUCUUCCAGAGGUGUCAGUUUCGCUCUGUGGAGGCAGUGCAAGAAAUCACAGAAUUUGCCAAGAAUAUUCCAGGCUUUGUGAACCUCGAUUUGAAUGACCAAGUAACUCUGCUGAAGUAUGGUGUCCAUGAGAUUAUAUAUACACUUCUGGCUUCUCUGAUGAAUAAAGAUGGGGUUCUUAUAUCUGAUGGACAAGGAUUCAUGACACGGGAGUUUCUGAAGAGUUUGAGAAAACCUUUUUGUGACUUUAUGGAGCCCAAGUUUGAGUUUGCUGUGAAGUUCAAUGCACUGGAAUUAGAUGACAGUGACCUGGCAAUAUUUAUAGCAGUCAUUAUACUCAGUGGUGAUCGUCCUGGUUUGUUGAAUGUGAAACCCAUUGAAGAUAUACAAGAUAAUUUGUUGCAAGCUUUGGAGCUCCAGUUAAAACUGAAUCACCCAGAGUCAUCACAGCUGUUUGCAAAGUUGCUUCAGAAAAUGACGGACCUCAGACAGAUUGUAACAGAACAUGUGCAGUUAUUGCAAAUAAUAAAGAAAACGGAAACAGAUAUGAGUCUUCACCCACUCCUACAAGAAAUCUACAAAGACUUGUAUUAGUGACCCCAAUCAUUCUAAUCCACUGACAUAAUGUACGUUCUUCAAAUUGCACUAUUUCUUUGAGAGACCAAUACAUAUCUAACAAAUUACUGUGAAACAGCAUUUUAAAAAGAGAGCUUUAGCAUAGUAGAUCUAUUUUAUGCAUAUGUUUAUAAAGACACAUUUACAAUAUACUUUUAAUAUUAAAAUGUCUAUAUCAUGAAAUUGUUGACAGUAUUUUCAGACUUAAUUUUUAACUAUCUUAUUUCUACAAGAAAAUUGCUUGUCCAAUAUGAUUAAAACAUCAGUGAAGCUGGUUAAACAUGCAGUUAAGUUUUCAACUCAAAAUAAAAGUCUUUUUCCACAAACAUUUCUUAAGGGAACAUUUAAGAUAUCUGGUUCUGUAUGAUUGAAAUCUAAAGUCAGCAACAACAGCAGUGAUUGAAUUGUAGGUUACUGCAGUUUUUUUACUUCAAACUUAAGUUAGGCUUGUUGGUUCUGAUUACAUUUGUGCCCGUUUUAAAACCCCUUUAUACUGCCAGAGUUGAGCAAAGAGGGUUAGUAUGAACGUGAAUCUGGCUCAGCCUUCAUAGGUAAAACCAAAAGGGACAAAGUGAAGUCAGGAAAUUAUGUACUGUUUAUCACACUUAGGAAAAGGGAGCCUUUGCAAUUAACUCUUGCCAAGACCUUUCCACAGUAUAUGAGAUACAUCAUCAUUGAACAACAUAUUCAUCCCAAAAUGCCAUCUAAAAUAGAAACAAGGUGAAUUCCAAUAAAACAAAAGCAGGACUUAGAUUUGCUUGUACAAUCAUAAACCUGCAAUGUAAUCUCCUGCUGCAUUAUUUUGCAUUCAGAUGCCAGCAUUUAGCAUUGGGAGGAAAGAAACUUAGAAAUGUUCACUGAUCAUAUGAUUAGUCAUGGUGUUACAUGUCUUGCCCCCAUCAUCUCAUGUAAGAAUACCAGAAGGACUAUAUUUGGAGGUGAUCCUGAAUGAAUCUAAGGGAAGCAGAAGUCACUUCCAACUUCUUCACUUGCCACCAGUAAGGAACCCCAGCAUCCCAGCAUGCUCUCCGUCCCUUUCCUGUGCUCUCUAGCUCGUGCAGGGGCAGGGUGUGCCCAGAUGCUGCCCUGCCAUGGUUCUUGAGGCAAAUUUCUCCCUCUGUCCCCUCUCCGCACCCCCUCCCACCCCCAACUGGCAAACCCUGAGGACUGCAGCUCCAUUUUGCCAGCCCCAGCCACACCUCCAUGGCUUGCCUGCAGCCAGGCAAGGACACUCUCCCUCUGUCCCCUCUCUCCCUCAGACCCCCCAGGGAUUUGGCUGCAGUCUCUGCAGCUUGCAGGGGGGGAUUGAUUUCACAGCAUAUCCUAGGGGGAUGGGGGAGAGAGGCAAGCUAGAAUCCUGUGUGCAGAUCCAAGCCCUGCACUUGUGAGCCCAGGGUUAAGACCUGCAGGACCAGACUGAAAGAUAGAAAGCAUUGGCAAAGACCUGACAAUCAUCACACAUGCUGGAGAUGUAAUUAAGGGAAAUUGCAGAC